CCGGCGUGCUGACGUCAGCGUCGCGGCGCCGCUUCCUGUUGUCAGUGACCUGGGCUCCGAGGCGGAGGCGCUGCCUGGUCUGGGCGCCUGUCCUGCUCCUGCUCCCCGUGGUGUCAUGUGAGUCUCGGCGGAGCUGCUCCUGAGUGGAAAUGCUCUCAGUGGUCGAAAAUGGACUGGACCCCCGGGCCACUAUCCCGGUCAUCAAGAAGAAGCUGGUGGGGUCUGUGAAGGCGCUGCAGAAGCAGUACAUGUCCCUGGACGCGGUGGUCACGAGUGAAGAUGGAGAUGCCAACACCAUGUGCAGUGCCCUGGAGGCUGUGCUUAUCCAUGGCCUGCAGGCCAAGCACAUCCAUGCAGAGACCGGAGGAAAGCGGAAGAAAAGUGCGCGUCAGAAGCCUCUGCCUCAGCCUGUCUUUUGGCCCCUCCUGAAAGCUGUCACCCACAAACACAUCAUCUUGGACCUAGAGCGCCUGGCCUUCAUCAACACGGACGUGGGCCGCUGCCGGGCCUGGCUGCGGCUGGCCCUCAAUGACGGCCUGAUGGAGUGCUACCUGAAGCUGCUGCUCCAGGAGCAGGCGAGGCUAUGCCAGUACUACCAGCCCAGCGCACUGCUGCGGGACGCCGAGGAGGGCGAGUUCCUCCUGAGCUUCCUGCAGGGACUCACGUCCUUGUCCUUCGAGCUCUCUUACAAGUCCGCUGUCCUGAAUGAGUGGACGAUCACCCCACUGGCCCUCGCUGGGCUUUGUCCACUCUCAGAACUCGACCCCUUCCCUACCUCUAGUGCAGAACUCCAGCGUGAGGAGUCUCUGGACUCCAUUUCCCACUCCUCAGGCUCAGAGGAUAUCGAAGUCCAGCACUCGGGCCAUAAGAUCCGACGGAACAGGAAGCUCACAGCCUCCUCACUCAGCCUGGACACAGCCAGCUCCUCACAGCUGUCCUGCAGCCUGAACUCUGAUAGCUGCCUGCUCCAGGAGAGUGGCUGCAAGAGUCCAGACCACCCCGAGGAGCCCAUGUCCUACGACUUGGAUCUGGGAACAGCAAAUGCUGAUGAUUCCAAGCAGUCCCUGCAAGAGGUGUUGUCGGAAUUCAGCAAAGCCCAGGUAAACUCUGUGCCAACCCGCGGACCAAGCCAAGAGUCAGAGAUGCCUAUGUUCCAGGCCCCACUGUCCCUCCACGGCCUGGCCACCAGCACACACCUGCUCUCAGACGUGCCUGGGGAGCCCCUUCCUGCCCGUGCAUCCUCUGAGACCCCAGACAGUGACCACGAGCGGGAGCCGCUGCCCCAGGCACCCAGCACCCUACGUGUGCAGCAGCCGGUCACUGCCCAAGCCUGCCCUGCAGGGAGCACUUCCGGUCAGCCUGCUGGGCCUGCCAGAGAGGCGAGUGGAGCUGUCAGCCAAGGGAGCGGUCUGCAGAAGGCCCUGGAGAAUGGCAGAGUGGGGCUGAAGCUUGUGGUUUCCUCCCCCACCAGUCCGAAAAGCCAGAGCUGGAUCUCCGAGGAGGACUUCUAUCGGCCUCCCCAGGAGCCCGCUCCCAGCAGCGCUGCAGCUGCUCCUAGAGGAUGCCCGGAGCCAAGGACUGCUCUCCACUGGCACCGCUCCCAAGGAGCAAGAAAGAGCUGCCCCCUGGGAGCCCUGAGUGAGACGUGCAUGUCUUCCCCAGGACAUGGGGGUGCCAGGGAGGCCCCGGAGGAGCACAAGAGCUUCUGGGUGGUGCACCGGCGCCAGAUGGGGCUGUCCAACCCGUUCCGGGGCCUCCUAAAGCUGGGCACAGUGUCACGGCGGGGGGCCAUGGGCAUCUGGAAGGAGCUCUUCUGCGAGCUGUCUCCGCUGGAGCUCCGCCUCUACCUGAGCGCCGAGGAGCGCGCCUGCGUGGAGAGCUGCUCCCUGCUGCGCUGCGAGGCGGUGGGUCCGGCCCACAGCGACGGCCGCUUCGAGCUGGUCUUCGCCAGCAAGAAGCUGGCCCUGCGGGCCUCCUCCCAAGAUGAGGCUGAGGACUGGCUGGAGCGGGUGCGGGAGGCCCUGCAGAAGGUCCGGCCGCAGCAGGAGCACGAGUGGGUGGACGUCCAGUACCCGGAUCAGCCCGAAGAGCCCCCCGAGGUCCCUCCUGGCGGCCACCCCUCUGGCUCAGCUCUGUGCCCAGAGCCGGCCAUGCCCCAGAGCAGGCGGAGUCACUGGACACCGGCCCAGGUUCCGGAGCCAGACGCCAUCAAAGAGUCACUUCUGUACCUGUAUGCAGACGGGACCUGGGUGCCCUGUAUUUUCUCCCUGUCCGUGGAAUCUCUGAAAUGCUUCCGCGUGAGGAAUAAUGAGAAGAUGCUGAGUGACAGCCAUGGAGUGGAGGCCAUACGAGACAUCCUGCCCGACACGAGCCUCGGGGGUCCGGCCUUCUUCAAAAUCAUCACAGCCAAGGCCGUCCUGAAGCUGCAGGCUGGGAACGCCGAGGAGGCCGCCCUGUGGAGGGGCCUAGUACGCGAGGUCCUGGCCUCCUACUUGGAGGCGGCUGAGGACGCCGAGACACUUGCUGGGAGUCUGGACGAAAACUGUCAGGAGGGGCUGACGCCCGCCGCCCAGGAGAACGGGCUCCUCCUGCAGCACCUGGUGGCCGUCCCCACGGAGAAAGGCCUGGACUCCCAGGGUUGCUUCUGUGCAGGCUGCUCCCGGCAGAUUGGCUUCUCCUUUGUACGACCCAAGCUCUGUGCCUUCUCUGGCCUCUAUUACUGUGACAGCUGCCACCAGGACGAUGCCUCAGUGAUUCCAGCCAGGAUCAUCCACAACUGGGACCUCACUAAGCGCCCGGUCUCCCGGCAGGCCCUGCGGUUCCUGGCGCAGAUCCAGGCACAGCCCCUCGUCAACCUGCAGCUGGUGAACCCCUCGCUGUACGAGCACGUGGAGCAGGUGCACCUCAUUGGCCGGAGCCGCGAGCGGCUGAAGCUCCUGGGGGAUUACCUGGGCCUGUGUCGCAGCGGAGCCCUCAAAGAGCUGAGCAAGAGGCUUGGCCACAGGCAUUAUCUCCUGGAGUCUCCCCACAAGUUCAGUGUCGCUGACCUGCAGCAGAUUGCAGAGGGGGAGUACGAAGGCUUCCUCAAGGCCCUCAUCGAGUCCGCCUCCCAGCACGUCUACCACUGCGACCUGUGCACCCAGCGGGGCUUCAUCUGCCAGAUCUGCCACCACCACGACAUCAUCUUCCCCUUCGAGUUUGACACCACGGUCAGGUGUGCUGAGUGCAAGACAGUCUUCCACCAGAGCUGCCAGGCUGUGGUGAAGAAGGGCUGCCCCCGCUGCGCCCGCCGGCGCAAGUACCAGGAGCAAAACAGCCUCUCCUAAGCCGGGCAGGCAGCAGGCCCCUGCUCACCAGCAUCACAGAGUCUCCCUCGUCAGAGACCCCACGCAGCCAGGGCGGUGCCCUGGGCUCCCUGCCACCCUCCCUCCAGAUGCCGCAGCCAGGGCUGAAGGGGCCUACACCAGGCCUGCCCCAACAUGCCACGACCCCACCCUUGGGGCAGUUCCAACGCUUCUGGCACUCGGGGACAUGUGGUUGCACAUUCCCAAUUAAAAGCUCUAGUUUUUUAGGGUGGGUUUUUUUCUUCCCCUCAUAUUUCAACAGAGAAUAUUUUUUUAUUCUUGAUCCCAAAUAAGUCUCCCCAGAAAUCCAGGCCUUCGCACCCUAAGCAGAUGUGCAAAAACCACUCGGCCUGGCGCCAGACGGGUGGGGGGGCACGGCCACUGCAGGACAGACCUGCUGCCAAUGGACAGACGGCUGAUGGCAGGUCGGGCCAGUCCUGGGGGCCGAUGACGUCAUCCUCUUCUCUUCUUGGCUCCCUCUCCCUGCUCCUCACCAAAGCCUCCCUUCUCAGCAUCAGUCCCCCGCUCUUCACUCCUCGGGUCUGGGGUGCUGGCCUCGGCGGGAGAAGGAGAAAUGACUCAAAACCAGCACUGUUGGCACUGUUGAGCUUUCCUUGUUCAAGGAAGGCUGGCAUCACCCGCCCUUAGCCCACGUCCUCCUCACGCCCACAGACAGCCAGGGACGCCUCAGGCGGCUCUCGGGGUCACACCUCCACCUGGUUGACCUCGAGGACAAACAAAAGUGGAUCCCCAAGAGGGCAAGGAGCCCAGGCCAGGGCCAGCCCCGGGUGCCACACUGGGGUAGCAACCUGUUCUGAGCUUUGCAGGGACAGACAGAGAAGCUGCUCUGCACGGUUCACCCCUGCCGAGCCACAGGCUCACACGUGGCUCCUCCUGGACUGGCCCAGCGGGGGUACUGCCAGGGCCUAGAAAGUUCCCUGGAGCAUGACUGCCUUUUGAAAGGGGCCUUGGAGCAGGGAGGGAGGCUGAACUGGUCUCCAGGUGAUAUUCAGACCAUGCAGGCUUGGGGGAAGUGAGGGCAUGAGCUCUGCUUUCCUCUCCUCUCCUGCACCAGCAGGCCCCUCUAGCCACCCCCACCUGCCUUGGCUUGGAGUCGAAGGCCUCAGGACAUGCACCUGUCACAGUCAGGAGGCGAGCGUUCAGGUGAUGCGGCCCAGUGAAGGCAGUGCCUAGCAUGCCCAAGGCCCAGGUUCCAUCCCAGCACCGGAGGAAGGAGAAAAAAGAUGAGCCUUCCCUGCCCUCCCUGGGGCGACAGGGCUGCUGAGUCAUCUGCCCAGCCCCACAGAGCUGGAGGAAUUAUGCAACAGAACAGGAGGCGGUAGGCAGGUGACAGCAGCUGCCACACAGUUCCUCCAUCCCCAGGAUGUGUCCCCAUGAGGGAAGGUGAAAACACCUAUGCCCGGAACACCAAAGCCUGAGUGGGAAGUGGUCCACCUCCCCACCCCACACCCACAGUCAGCGUUGCUGCUCCCACAAACAGCCCAGGUCCCUGAGUGGGCAGGGGUCACCUGGGGCCUGAGAGUACAUCCCAGGUGCCCUGGGAGGCAGCAGGAGCAAGGCCGGCCUGGAGGGGCCGCCUCCCAUCCCGCCUCCUUCCAGAAGGCUGCUAAUGCAGUCAGGUGCGUUGGCUCUAACCCACACCUCCAGACAACUGCUGCAAGCUUCAGUGAUACCCACACUGCUUCAGUUGUGAUAAUACGCAAUAAACUUUUGAGAGAGGGGCUCUGCCCCUGAGAA